CUUUACUACUUCUUCUCACAAAGCCACAACACAACACAACACAACACACUUCAAUCCAUCAGUCAAUCAAUCAACAACAAUGAAUUCCCAACAAACAACCGCAGUCAAGGGAGGAACCGGCAGCGUCGCUACUCCAGCCAACAACAUCAACUACAGACGUGGCUCUCAAGAAGGCACUCUCUUCUCCGGACUCCAGAAUCAAAAACGCUCAAGCAGUGAUGCAGCUUCAAAGGCUAGACGAGAGAGUUUUGCAGAGCAGGCUCCCAAAGCGGGAUUCGUGGGACAGAUGUGGAAUUCAAUUGUCAAGGGGCAGUGAGUGAGAAUGGUGUUUGAGGAUAUCGUGGGAGAACAGGGUGUGGGGAUAUCGAUACGGAUAUGAAUAUGAUUAGAACUAUGAGUGUGGAUGUGGAUGGGUUGGAAACUAGCACAGGCGUCAGGAGAACGAACGUACACCGGGUAGAAGAGGAGACAUAAGAUCGAUUUACAAUGAUAGCGGGCAUUUGUUGAUUGCUAGCGACGCAGUAGGAACGGUGUUCGGAUUUUGCGAUUGACAGAUGGGGAUGGAGGUGGAGAUGGUCGAU